CUGGGUGCAUGCCUGCCCAGCUUGGUCCUGGGUCCUGAGCAUGCACUGGAAGACCUCAACGUCUGCAGAGCUGACUGUUUUCUGUCCCCAUUCAGAAGCUGAGUUCAAGAGGACGUGGCUCUAGGGAGAGUGAGCGAGAGGGAUGCAUCUUAGGGAAAACCUCAAGUACAGAUAACCAAGCCUGGCCCGAGUUCCUGAAUCCUCAUCAAAGCGCUUGUCACCCCAAAGUCCGCUCUUGCAGGAGCAAAGUCGGCUCCUGGAGGGGAGCCCGGGAAGAGGAGGAGGAGGACGGUGGCCCUGGCUGGGUAGAGCUCUCGGCUGACGGCGCACCAGAUGUUGGUGCCUCGCGAACCCGGGCUGCCCAGGUCUCUGGCCCGGCGCAGGCGCUGGGCCCGCGGUAACGGAGGCUCCUGGGUAGCCCAGCCUGGCCCAGCCCAGCGGGUCAGCUGGCCAGGGACACGCACCGGUUCCAGCCCAGCCCUGAGAGCAGCCGCGCAGGGUGCCUCGGAUGGCCACAACAAAGUUAAAGCCCAGAGUAAAAAAUCUGCGGCGGUGAGAGAAGCGGAGAAGCCAGAGCCCCAGAAGCCGCGCGUACACUGCCAGCCGCCGCCAGCUGCGGAGGGAUUUCGGCUAACUUUAAAAGCCACUCGCAUCCCUCGGGCGCCGUCCCUGGCAGCGCUAGGCGGCCUCCGGCUCUCCCAUUCCCCAGCCUCGGUUACGCCUGGUCGAAAGAGGCCUGGGCCUGGGGGACCCUCUGGAGCGACAUGCAGGGAACUACCCCUCUCCUGCCCCGCUCCUUGGCCAGUCAGGAGCAAGGAGAUCAGCUGCCCUCGUCCGGCGAAUCCAUCCCCUGCACCCCUGCCCGUGACUGUCCCCGAGCUCCGGCAAGGCGCCCAUGGGGGGCGACUAGGGGAGAGAAGUUGGCGCCUUCCCCAGGGCUCCCACUCUGCGCGGAAGCCUGUCCCAGAACUCGGUCUGCGGCCAUCCGUGAUGACAGUCGCGACGAAAUUCCCCCGUGGCGCGGGGUUUGGAGCUGGAACCUUCGCCACACUCCACCGCGUAGCCUUCCCCGGAGCGUGCCCAGGGCCCCUCGCCCACCGCGGCCCGGUGGCCUCCUCCCCGGCAAGGAUCCGAGCCGGGGAGCCAAGCGUGGAGCGCCAGAGCUGGCACCGCAAGCCGGGAGACGGCGACAGCCCAGCGGCCGGACCAGCUGGAGGAAAUGCGCCCGCCGGGAGCGGCGAGACCCGAAGCCUGCCGUCUGCGGAGCCUCGCCUUUCAGCUCCCACGAGGCCGGAGCUGGCCGGACGGCAGCGGCAGGAGACUGACCCGGAGCUGGUUUCCCUCCUGAUCUCCAGCCCACGGGAUAGCGGGGUUGGCCCUGAGCUUGGAGGUUGCAGGGCAGGAUGAGGGGCGGGGGAUAAAAUUCAGAGAACUGUCAGUGCUGGGCUAGGGGGUGCGGAGCUUCAGGAACUAACCCGGAGGGAGAGACCAGGCCAGACUCUCUGCGUGGAAGGUAAGACUUGACCACGCACGGUCAGUAGGAGGGCUGCGGAGAAGGACCGCCAAAGCCUUCGCUUCCGAGGGCCGCUAGAGUUGGAGCCGGCUGAUUUCUCAGUCCUCUUCCGCAACUAUGCGGGAGGAACUGGAGCCCCCUCCCGGAUUCCUCCAGAGAAACAAUACAGAAAAACUGAUUUUCCAUGGGACAGAGUAGGACCCGCAAGGGAGCAAGCCUUAAAAGGGUUAAAAAUAAAUGUUGUUUAUUACCAAUAAUAAUUUUUUUUUUCAAGUGGCGCUGGGUGUCGAGGGAAGAGAAGGGCUGUGGAGCGAGGCAGGAGCAGGAGGCAGCGAAUUACGCAGCUAGGCGAGUUUAAUGACCUUUUUGACAGAGACAAAGCGGUACCGAUACAGUAGAUAAAUAAACGGAUCUGUCACCGGGCAGCGGCUA